ACAAAAGGAUGAGACAAAUGCGCAACACUGGUCACCGCUGUAGAGACCCCCGAAAUCAGAGGACAAGGCAACAUGGAGGAGGACAUGGAUGAGGGACAGACCCAGAAGGGAUGUAUGGAGUGUUGUCUGAAAUGUCUAGGAGGAAUCCCUUAUCCAUCCUUGAUUGCCACCAUCCUGCUGUAUGCUGGAGUGGCGCUCUUCUGUGGAUGUGGACAUGAAGCUCUUUCUGGAACGGUCACCAUCCUCCAGAACUACUUUGAGGUGAUCAGGGGACCUGGAGAUGGUCUGGAUGUGUUUACAAUCAUUGACAUUAUCAAGUAUGUGAUCUAUGGCAUUGCCUCUGCAUUCUUCGUGUAUGGCAUUCUUCUGAUGGUCGAAGGCUUCUUUACAAGUGGGGCCAUCAAGGACCUGUAUGGAGACUUCAAGAUCACCACCUGUGGACGCUGCGUCAGUGCAUGGUUCAUCAUGCUGACGUACAUCUUCAUGUUGGCUUGGCUGGGUGUGACAGCAUUCACCUCUUUGCCUGUCUUCAUGUAUUUCAACAUCUGGACCAUUUGCCAAAACACGACCGUUCUGGAGGGAGCAAGUUUAUGUCUUGACCCGCGCCAGUUUGGUGUUGUGCCCAUUGGCGAGGAGAAGACUGUAUGUGCAGGAUCAGAGAAAUUCUACAAAAUGUGUGAAUCAAAUGAGCUGGAUAUGACUUUCCACCUGUUUGUGUGUGCGCUGGCCGGGGCUGGAGCGGCAGUCAUUGCCAUGAUCCACUACCUGAUGGUGCUGUCUGCCAACUGGGCCUAUGUGAAGGAUGCAUGUAAAAUGCAGAAAUACGAGGACUGCAAGUCCAAGGAGGAGCAGGAGCUGCAUGACAUCCACUCUACACGCUCCAAGGAACGGCUUAAUGCCUACACAUAAGACAGGAAGCAGCAGUGAGGGCGAGAGGACCCUCAGUGCUUUCACUUCCUGUUGAAGGGAGUUUUGGCACUGGUGCAGUCCAGGUGGUGUGUCGUAUGACCAACCCCAUGGCCAACCCAUUACCUCUCGCACAAACAUUAUUGUUAUUAUUAUUAUUAUUAUUAUUAUUAUUAGUGCUAGCAGUAGUGUUGUAGUUUUUUUCACAUUAUUGUAUUUCAUUUUUUUUAAGAGAUUGUGCUGGUUCUUUUUUUCCCCACCACAUGUUACAAUUUUUAAAUAUAUUUUUCUUUUUAAACACAUUUUAGUAUUAAUACACGAAUCAUUCUUAUGUAGAGGGUCGGUUAUUGGGGUGAAAAAAAGCACAUUUUUCAUGUGUGUCUGUCUCAUAAGGUCUCAUUAUCAAGGACUUAAAGCAUGAAAAAAAAUUUUGCUAAAAAAAAAUAAUAAUUCUCUCUCUCUCUAUUUCUUUCUCUCUCUCUCUCCCUCUCUCUCCUUCUUUUUUUUUAAUCAUCAGAAGGUAUGAAGCCCGAUACCAGCAGAUGGCUUGUUCAUUCUGCAUUAUUUUGGUAAAAGAAAACUCAAAAACUGAGACAGAAAAGACAAAAAAUAAAAUUAAGAUAUAACAGAUGUACCAUAAAGUGUUUAUUUAUUAUUUUUCUACAGAUGUCAUUGCAUAGCUUAUCAAGAUGAUUACAAAAUGACAAAAUGGUUAUUAUUUGCUUGCUGUGCCAGUCUAGUUUUCAGACCGCAUCAUGCCAGUAGGUGGCGUUGUAACUUCUCUGAGAGGGAGAGGAACUUUCUGACCACUUUUAAGUGGACAUGAAGCAUUUAAUUUAGUGCUGUCAAACGAUUAAUCGCAUCCAAAAUAAAAGUUUUUGGUUACAAAAUAUAUGUGUGUAUACUGUGUAUAUUUAUUAUGUGUAUAUAUAAAUACAAACGCAUGCAUGUAUAGGCUAUAUUUAAGAAAAAUAUGUUGUUUAUAUAUUCAAUAUAUUUAUAUAUAAUAUAAAAUAUACGAAUAUGAAUAUAUAAAUGUAUAAACAUGUAAAUAUUUUCAAAAUACUGUAUGUGUGUAUUUAUAUAUACAUAAUAAAUAUACACUACACAUACAUAUAUAAUGUGAACAAAAACUUUUAUUUUGGAUGCGAUUAAUCGUUUGAUAGCACUAAUUUAAAUCUUACCUCUUCAGCAGCAAUGCAACUGUCCCUUUACUGGAUGCAAGCGACACAUGCACAAGCCUACAGCGUUUUGACCCCCUCUUUUUUAUUUUCCUACUUGAAUAGAUCUAGACACAGUUAAGCCGACAGGGUUUUUAUUUAACGUUUUUGAUUUUUAGCUUUUGUACAUAGUCAUUCUGUAAAUGUAUGUACUGUACGUUAGCACUUAAACUUCAGGUGAAUUCGUAUUAGAUUGAAAAACACAUUCCAUGACAGGAUAAGGGUGGGCGGAGGGAGGGCGUUCUUCUAAAAACCCAAGAAAAAAGACGGAGGAGAAGCAAAAACCAGGCGACGCGGUAAUGUUUUGUGUCAGAUCACUAUUGGGGUGGGCCUUUUCUUUCCAAAGGGGAAUUAUCACGACGAAAACAAAUAUUUAAAGAGCUUAUGCUAUUAUCUCGAUGACAGUUACUCGUUGUCUUGCUAACAAGUCAUUAUUAUAUUGGACGAUGGGAAUGUCUUCUCAUUCUUUUAAUGCCUGGCAAAUCAUGUUCUGUCAGUGUUUCUAAGAGCUAGUUUCGUGCACUUAUUUGACCAUUUUGUGAGCUCUUUCUCGGUGUAAGUGCAUUGGGGUUCUGGCUGCGAAGUCACACCCCUGUAAUGUUAGGUAAAGACUGUGAACCUAAGUGUUAUUUGUGGCAUGGUCAUGCAUUCAAUGGUAAUCGUUUUUACUGGAUCAAAAAAAUAAUAAUGAUGAUAAUAAUAAUAAUGGAAAAAAUCAAAAAGAAAAAAAAACAAGAAAAACAGUUUUCAUCUUUUUAUGAGUUUGUUAUAUGCGACUGUCUUGCUGGGUCAUCCCCUUCCUCAUAAUGUGCAGUAAUUUGAAUCCUAUGCUGAAUACAUUGCGCUGAAACUCCUACUCUUCGAUGGUAGUGUUUGAUUUGUGCCUGUUUACUUUGUGGUGAUCUCUCUAACUCCUCUGAGUCCUCCUCUCAUCUUUCAAUUACUACUGCUUGUUGAGCCCCUAACUUAAAUCUUUCUCUGAACCCUCACCUCUCUCUCUCUCUCCCUCUCUCUCUCUCUCUCUCUCUCUCUCUAUUACUCUGGCUCACUCUCUCGUAUACUAGUCUUUUUGUACUCUCACUAAAGAAUGCUUAGUAGCAAGCUGUACCAUUAAUUUGUUUUGUACAUAAAUGUGCCAACCGCUUGACAGUGGCUUUUCUGAUCUGUAGGGACAAAUUGCUUGCAUAAAUAAACUACACUGGUGUACUUGUUAAUAAAUACGGUUGUUGUUGUUCUUAACAAUCUGUGUAUCAUGUUGGAGUUAUUCACUUCACACACAUUCUAAAAAUGUUUUGCUGGUUUACUUUUAUGUGGUAAGUUUAUUGAAUUAAUUGAAUUUACUUAUGACUAAAGGGGAUACACAAAGUAAUUUGUAAAUUUAGAAAACAGUAUUUUCAACUGGUUGUAUAUGACAUGUUUCACAUUACUGUGUGUUUAUAUAUGACUAAAGCUUUAGAUAUGUAUUUUCAUGAACUUACUUUGUUAUUCAACAAAGUAGCAGAAAAAAGUUUCAGUGGUAUGUACUACCAUUAGGCCUAACAUUAUCAAAUAUUUAGGAUACUGAAGUUCAGAAGCUCACCAAGGCUGCAAUUACUCGAUGAAAAAUACAGUAAUAUUGUGAAAUAUUAUUAAAAUUUAAAAGAACUGUUUUCUGUAUUUAUUUUAAAAUGUAAUUUAUUUCUGUGUUGGCAAAAUUAAAUUUUUAGCAGCCAUAAAUCCA